AUGAGCCAAGCAGGAAACAAUAUUAGAGUUGUUUGUCGUUUUCGACCACAAAAUUCCCGUGAAAUUAGGGAAGGUGGUGUUCCUAUUAUUACCUUUGACGACAAUGGUGAAUCUUGUCGUAUGGAGGGUAAAGAAUUUCAAGGAAAUUUCACAUUUGAUAGAAUUUUUCCACCGGAAACCUCUCAAAAGAGUGUGUUUGAGGAAUCUAUAAAACAUAUUGUCGAUGAGGUUAUCAGUGGUUAUAACGGAACCGUAUUUGCCUAUGGGCAAACAGGUUCUGGUAAGACUCACACUAUGAUGGGAAACAUGGACGAUGAAGAAUUCAAGGGUCUUAUUCCCCGUAUUGUGGAACAAAUUUUUCACAGCAUAAUUGUUUCUCCACCAACAAUUGAAUACACUGUAAAAGUAUCUUAUAUGGAAAUUUAUAUGGAAAAAAUUAGAGAUUUACUUAAUCCCCAAAACGAUAAUUUACCAGUACAUGAAGAAAAAAAUAGAGGUGUUUAUGUGAAAGGCCUUUUGGAAGUUUACGUUAGUUCCGUACAAGAAGUGUACGAAGUAAUGAAACGUGGUGGUAGUGCUCGUAUUGUUGCAUAUACAAACAUGAAUGCCGAAAGUUCAAGAUCGCAUUCCAUUUUUGUUAUUACUAUCAAUCAAAAGAAUCUUGCCGAUGGUAGCGUAAAAAGUGGUAAACUAUCUCUUGUCGAUUUGGCUGGUUCCGAAAAGGUCGGUAAGACAGGUGCCUCUGGUCAAACUCUUGAAGAAGCUAAGAAAAUCAACAAGUCUUUAUCUGCAUUGGGAAUGGUUAUUAACGCUUUAACUGAUGGAAAAUCAGCACAUAUUCCGUAUCGAGACAGUAAACUUACCAGAAUUCUUCAAGAAUCUCUUGGUGCAGAAACAUUGAGUACGUUAAGAUUCGGUAUGAGAGCCAAGUCUAUUAAGAAUAAGGCUAAAGUCAAUGCCGAACUCAGUCCUGCAGAGCUUAAAGCUCUUCUUAAGAAGGCCAAGAAUGACGCUGUUAGUUUCCAACAAUAUAUUGCAGCUCUCGAAGGAGAAAUUGGCAUGUGGCGUUCUGGUAACUCUGUACCAAAAGAGAAAUGGGUCUCGAUGGAAAAAGUUUCAGGUGCUCCAGCUGCACCAACUACACCAACUUCUGCUACAAAUCCACAAUUGGAAGGUGUCAAGAAAGCUGAAGUAGACUCAAGACCAGGUACUCCUGCUCCAAUUUUAGAAAAAGAUGAACGAGAUGAAUUGUUGAAACGGGAAAAUGAACUUAAUGAUCAGAUUGCCGAAAAAGAAUCUGAAUUAGCGGCCAAGGAAAAACUCCUUUCUGAGCUGAAGGAGGAACUUGAGUCUUAUAAAGAACAAGAAGAUACAAUUACCAAGGAAAAUAAACAAAUGACAAGCGAACUUAAUGAGCUUAAAGUUCAAUUGGAAAAAGUCACAUAUGAUCAUAAAGAAGAUGCUAUAAUAAUGGACAGUUUACGUGAGCAAAAUUCAGACUUGACUACUGAGAUCGAAGAGCUUAAGAAAUCAAUUUCUGGACUUAAACUGGCUCAAAGAGAAGGUGAUAAAGAACAAAAGAAACAAGAGAAAAUGGCUCAGAUUCUUGCAGAGCUUGAUCCAUCUGGUGUGAUCUCUGCUAAAGAGAAACAAAUUCGUGACACUCUACUCAAAUUUGAAAAAGUCGAUGUAGAAGGUAGCACUUCGCUUACUUUAGAAGAACUUGCGACUGUACGUCGUGAAUUGGCUGAAUCGAGAGAGUUAGUUUCAACGCACGAGCAAACCAUUAAUGAAUUGCACUAUGAAAAUGAACGCCUAACAAGACAAAGAGACGAGUUUGAAAUUCGUUUGUCUACCUUGGAGACCGAAUAUGAAGAGCUGCUAGAUAAGACAAUUGCAGAAGAGGAAGCAAACAGCAACAUUGACAUUACCGAAACAAUAGCAGAAUUGAGGGGUAAACUUGAGGCUCAAUUCGCUGCUAAGAAAGAAGUACAGCAAAAAGAAAUUGAAGAAUUGAAACAAGAGCUAGAGAAAAAGAAUGAAGAAUUACAUAAACUUAACAGUGCUCUCACUGAUUUGAAGAGAGCAAAUGAAGAAUUACAGAAUGCUCUUAAUGAUAAAGAAGGAAAAUCUGAUGGCCAGAAAAGUGUUGCAGAUAAAGAAAAAGAUAUGGAACGAAUUCGCAAAACCAUGGCACAACAAUUGGCUGAUUUUGAUAUUAUGAAGAAAGCUCUAAUGCGCGAUCUACAAAACCGAUGUGAAAAAGUCGUUGAGCUUGAAAUCUCUUUGGAUGAAACACGAGAACAAUACAAUAAUGUGUUACGCAGCAACAAUAAUAAGGCACAACAAAAAAAGAUGGCAUUUUUAGAAAGGAAUUUAGAACAACUAACAAAUGUACAAAAACAACUUGUUGAACAAAAUUCAUCAUUAAAGAAAGAAGUAGCCAUCGCUGAACGUAAACUUCUUGCCCGUAAUGAGCGUAUUCAGGCUCUGGAAGCCUUGCUGCAAGACGCGCAAGAGAAACUUACUACACAGAAUCAAAAAUUCGAGGCACAGUUACAAGCAGUACGCGAACGAUUAGAACAAGCAAGAUCUCAAAAAUCUGCAGCAUCUUCCACGCUCGCUGGACUCACCUUUGGCCGCAUUGCUAAACCACUUCGAGGUGGUGGCCUACCCGUAGCUGAAGCUAAUGGUUCGGAUAUAAUUGGAACACCUACCGUUAAUGCACAGAGUAGGAAGCGUUAG